AUGGAGCAGCUCUUUGUUCCUGAAUCUCUUCUGUUAGACAGAAAUGGGGGGACUUUUUCUAGACCAUUGACAUUUAGGGAUGUGGCCAUAGAAUUCUCCCUGGAAGAGUGGCAAUGCCUGGACACAACACAGCAGAAUUUAUAUAGAAAUGUGAUGUUAGAAAACUACAGAUACCUGGUCUUCCUCGGUAUUGCUGCCUCUAAGCCAGAUUUAAUCACCUGUCUGGAGAAAGAAGAAGAGCCCUGGAAUAUGAAGAGACACGAGAUGGUAGAUGAAACCCCAGGUAGGUGAGAGUGAACACAACAGAUGACACA